CUGGCAACUCGUCCUCUCUCCCCACUACCUGUGCUGCUGCUCGGUCGGUGGCUCGGUCGGUGUCUCAGCUGUUCAGUGGCUCAGCUGUUCUCCUCAACUCGGACUAAAUAUUACGAGUUACGGAGGUUCGCGAGUCCACCGAGUGAGUAAAACACAUUCCACAAUGGUGGAUUACUACAAAGUUCUCGAAUUGAACCGGAGUGCCUCCCAGGCAGACAUCAAGAAGGCGUAUCGUCGUCUGGCACUCAAAUGGCACCCUGACAAAAAUCCAGACAACCAAGAUGAGGCAACCAAAAAAUUCAAGGAAAUUUCAGAAGCUUAUGAAGUAUUAAGUGAUGAAAAGAAAAAGAAGAUUUAUGACCAAUUUGGCAAAGAAGGACUUCAAACAGGAGGUGGACCUGGACCUACAAGGCCUCGCACAUCCCGCUCAGCGCGUCAUCAUGGGCACUAUCGUUAUGAUGACGAUUUCGACUACACCUUCCCAACGUUCACUUUCAGAGACCCUGAAGAAGUGUUCAGAGAAUUCUUUGGCGGCGAUCCCUUUGCAGAAUUGUUCAGCUUUGACCCCUUCGAUAACCACAGUCGGCGCCGUCGACAAGGCAGACACAGAGGAAGUUCAGAUCCUUCUCUCUCACAUCAUCUCAGCCAUCCAAAUUCCAUCAGCAGCAAUUUCUUCAAUCCUUUCGGCACUCUUUUUGGCGCAGGGAUGUUCUCGCCUUUCUCAGAUUUUGACACUCUUGGUGGUGGCGGCUUUACCUCAUUUUCCUCGCAGUCCUUUGCCACAGUUGGGGGCCCUGGCAUGAAACGCACUUCCACCUCGACAAAAUUCAUUAAUGGCAAGAAAAUUACCACCAAGAAGGUUUCAGAGGGUGGCCAAGAAACUGUCAUGACCUUUGAAAAUGAUGUACUCAAAUCCAAAACAGUUAAUGGUGUACCGCAAGCCUUAUCUUACUAGGAUGAAAGUCAAUUUUGCAGAAGACUGUGAAGUGUUUUGUGGAUACAGUCUAACCUUCAAGAGAGGUUAGAACAUUCUUGACUGUUUUGCUGACAGAGCUAACAUUUUGUGUUUUGCUGUUAUAGUAAGAAUGAUUACAUUGUGUACAUGAUGUGUAAAAUGAAGUGAAAGGAUGUAAAGUUUAUGUUCAGUGUAUUUAAGUUAUUAAUGAUUAUCACUAUGAUUUAUUUUUGCAUAGCUGCUGUACACCUAAAAAAAUGCUGUAUCACUUUAUUUUUCCUUUCUUUCUUUUUGUUUUCUCUGUUUUCCCCCACUUUCAAAAACUGUACUUACAAAGGUAAUAGAUGUAUGAGGAUGAUCUUUAAAUAUUAGAUAUGGCUAAGCACAAUAAGCUUACAGAAAAGUGUGGUACAAAAUAGCUGCACUAGACUGAUAUAUACUUAUAGGGUCUUGGAUUUGGUUGUGUGUUACUGAGCUUUAGCUCUUUGGCUAGGUUAUAAAAGCCUUUUUGAUUUAUUGGUUUAUUUAUUAUUUUUUUUAUCCUGUGUACUUUUUUAUUUCAGUAUUAUGUAUAAAGGAUUAGUCUUAACUAGUCUGCCCCAUGUAUGGAUAGAAUUUGUUUUGGUUGGUUAAAAGGCAUGAUAGUGACUUAGCCCAUUGGAUGUUUGUAAUCAGAAUGGACAACCAAUUUUUGAGAACCAAUGAGUGAAAGGUACUGAAAGCUGACGUGAAGUUUAUGUAUCUAAAAAUGAGAUUCUUACAGUCAGAAAGUGCUUUCCAUAUAUUCCUUGGAUAUGAGCCCUCCUUUUUUUCCAUCAUUAAUUGCUUGUGAGGGAAAUAUUUUUUGAAGACUUGAUGUUAGCUAAGUGUAUGCAAUUUUAGUGUUUGAUAGAUGUCGACUGGGGAGAAGAUCACAUUGAAGCAAAAUAUUUUGCCCUGAGAAAAAAAGAUGAUUCUGUGGUUUCCAAGAAAUACAGCAGAGUCAUUUUUAUUUUUCUAUAAUGACAGCCACAUUAUUUUGUGAAGUAGAAGGGGUGUAGGAGACUUCUCUAAAGGUGUCCUCACAGUUCAUAGUGUGGCUUGCCCAAGUUUCUUUAAAUUGAUAGCAUCUUGUACAUACUGCAAGCUUUACUAGAUUUCAGGAAGUAUAGCCUUUGAUUGCAUUGAAACAGUCCUCAAAGCUGGCCUUUCACAUUUAGUAGCUUGUCAGUAUUUUUUUAAGGAAUACUGGCAUUGCUAGUCACACUAAGUAACUGGUUUACUAAGAUUUCCAUGAGGCAUCAGAAAAUUAAUUACCAGCUGGCCUCUCAUCAAUUCAUGUGGUUUGUUUGUUUAUUUAAUUGAUUGUCAUACAUCUUCAAUCAGUAGUUUGUCUUUUCUCGUGGCUUGCUUUAAAACAACAGAAGUACUAAAAAUUAAUACAAAGGCACAAUUUCAUUGAUUAAAACAGUGUAAUAUUAGAAACACAAAUAUUAAUAAGGUUUGAAAAUAUGGCAUCCGCAAUAACAACUUUUCAUCAUUAUUAAGCACAUGUUUCGUGAAUUGUCAUACAAAAAGAUUACUUUGAAAUGUGAUAUUUUGUUUUAAUAUUUGUUUCUACUUUCUCUUUAGUAGAGAAAACUAAUAUUAGUCAUAUUAAUAGCUUUCCAGUUCUUAGUAACCAUGAGAUAUGACAAAAGAUUAUCGUCAGUGUUUAAGUUAGUUGAUAGUAGUCUGCUUCAAAGUGUAAAAAUUACCUGCAUUGUACACCAGUAAUAGUAUUGUAGGGCUGCGUAUGUAAGGUUGUAGUGUUCUGGGUUGGAGACCUUGGCAUACAGACUUUAAGAGGGUAGAUGAAUGUUCAGGAUUUAAGUAUCAUUUGUGUAUUUUAUAGGUGAUUUUUCAUUAUUAUUAUUAUCAUUUGCUAUUAAUUGACUUUUUUUUUUCAUGGUAAAGACUUUUGUUGUAGGUUUUUAGAUGUAUGGAUUUUACUGUUACGAUAUAUAGUGGAACCUCGCUGAAUUGAAAAAAUAGUUUAUGAUAAAAAUGUUUUAGGAAGUUUUCAUUUUGCUAGAGGAAAUAGCCUGUGAUCUUUUGUAAUUCUCCAAGACACUGACUGAUUCUUUCAAUUGUCAAACCAUAGCAGUAACUAUUCAAAUCUGCUGUCUUACUUCUCUGUUUGUGUUUGGUACUGUUUUGAUGUUAAAGCAGAAUGUAAGGUUGUAAUUAUAUCACGUUACCGAGGUUUCACUGUCUUAAGGAAUGGCUAUAGAUUUGAGAUGAAGAAUGAGGAAAUCUCAUUUUCACAGUUAAUGAAUAUGAAUAAGAAUUUUUGGAUAUAACUUUGGAUGAUGAAAGUCUUCAUAAUGUUCUAGAUGUUUUUUUUUUUAUUAUUGCAUAGAGAAGAAAAAUCUUUCUUGUUUUUCUGGAAAUCUUAACACAUGGUUUAUAUCUAGUUGCUAUAUUUUAUCCCCUCAAAUGGUGUUGAUAGAUUGUUGAACUGGAAAGAAUGAAAGAAAUAAGUCUUCAGAAUUUAAAAUUUGAAUAAUGUUGUAAAUGUAGUUACUUGGUCUUACUUGAUCCUGUCUGUAACCAGAAUUGACAGCUAUCAUAUAAUGUGACAAAAACAUUAUGGAGAUGUAACAUUUGUCUGUGGAAGUGUAGCACUCAAUACAAGUUAUUGACAUACCUUUUAGGUUUAGGUAAUUGUUUCUAUGAAUUGUGACUACUAUGAGUUUUGUUCAUAAACCGAGGUACAACUUUCAAUCGGUUAAUGAACAUGGAACUUGCCAAAGAUGAAGGAUUUGUUCUGUGAGAGCUGUUUAAAUCAAAAUCAUAUUGACUGAGUCUUACAAAUAGAGAUGCACUUUACAUCAACACUUUGUUAAUACCUUUUUAUUUUAGUCCUUUGUAAUUUUUUUUUUCCAUUAUGGAAGGCUAAAAGAGGUCGUGUGGAAAUGUGUUAUUUUUAACCCCAAAUUAAUGAAACAAAUACCCUAUUCUUGAUUUGGAAAAAUUUUGUUGAUUUCAAGGCUUAAUCACUGUGUAUGAACCAAUUUCAUAUAAAAGUCCAUGUUGCUAGAAUGAAUAUAUUCUUUCCUUUGCUAGCUGAAAAGUUUCAUUGUCAGAACAUGUGAAAGUGUAGCAUAUGAUGAUAUGUUCAGAAUGCUUUUGAAGUAAUGAAAGCAGGUUAUGUGGACUGCACUUCAGUAAGCUACUCUUGAAAGGUACCCAAAGAUUAUUGAAUAUCAUUCAUAAUAGUUUAGGCUUGCUUUGAUUGUAUGUAUAAUAUUUAUGUAACCUAUAAAUAAUAAAGUGUUUAUUAUCUUUACCUAAA